CGGAAAGCGUACCUGCCGCUGCGGUGGGCGGGAAAAGGCAGCAGUUCGGGAGCCGGUUUCUGAGAGACCCGGCGCGCGUCUUCCACCAUAAUGCCUGGGAUAAUGUGGAGUGGUCGGAAGAGCAGGCCGCGGCGGCGGAGAGGAAAGUGCGGGAGAACAGUUCCCAGCGGGUGUGUCAGGAGAAGCAAGGUGCGCCCGGGUGGGCCCGCAGUGUUGUCGACACCAGCGUACCGCGGAACGCGCCGUCCGGGAGAGGCUGCCAAGAGCCUUUGUUACUGGACUGAACCGAACUCGCGGUUAAAGAAACAUGGACCACAGGACAUUAAGGGCCUUACCCAGAGUUGACUAUGAGCUCAAUGCCCACAAAUAUUGGAACGACUUCUACAAAAUCCACGAAAAUGGGUUUUUCAAGGACAGACAUUGGCUCUUUACUGAAUUCCCAGAGCUGGCACCUAUCCAAAAUGAAAAUCAUUUGAAGGAUUUGCUCUCUGAGAACAAGAGUAGUGAAGUACAUGAAUGUAGGAGCCCUGAGGAUGGACCUGGUUUAACAACAGAAGAGCACAAUUGUUCUUCAAACAGCCUUGGACAUAAAACACAGGCACCUCCUGUGGAAGAGAGUGUGAUUCAGAAACUCAGUCACCUGGAAAUCUGUGCUGAUGAGUUUCCCGGAUCCUCAGCCACCUACCGAAUACUCGAGGUUGGCUGUGGUGUGGGAAACACAGUUUUUCCAAUUUUACAAACUAAUAAUGAUCCAAGACUCUUUGUUUACUGUUGUGAUUUUUCUUCUACGGCUAUAGAACUGGUUCAGACAAAUUCAGCAUAUGAUCCUUCUCGGUGUUUUGCCUUUGUUCACAAUCUGUGUGAUGAAGAUAAGAGUUACCCAGUGCCUAGGGAUAGUCUUGAUAUCAUCAUCCUCAUAUUUGUUCUUUCAGCAGUUGUUCCAGACAAGGUGCAGAAGGCUCUCAACAGGCUGAGCAGGCUUCUGAAGCCCGGAGGGAUGAUGCUUCUGCGAGAUUAUGGCCGCUAUGACAUGGCUCAGCUUCGGUUUAAAAAAGGUCAGUGUCUAUCUGAGAAUUUCUACGUGAGAGGUGAUGGCACUAGAGUUUACUUCUUCACACAAGAUGAAUUGGACACACUUUUCACUACCGCUGGACUAGAAAAGGUUCAGAACCUGGUGGACCGCCGACUGCAGGUGAACCGGGGGAAACAGCUGACAAUGUACCGAGUUUGGAUUCAGUGCAAAUACCGCAAGCCUCUUCUGUCCACGUACCGAGAGACACCUGCUCCUGACAUGUGAGCUCAUUGGGCCCAAAAAGAACAUCCACAAAAGGUGUCUUGUCGGUGUAGGACAAUUUCAAGGAUUCAAACAGACUGGAACCUUGAACCUAAGAAAAAUUACUUUUUAUCAAGAUUCUAACGAUUGGGCUUCAUAUUUGUAAAGGCCUUUAAUGUAUACCUGAAAGCCCUUUAAUGUAUAACUGAAAUGUUCAUGGGAAUCAUUAAUUUAAAAGCAUCAAGAGUUUAUUUCCCUCUGAAAGUAUUAUAUAUGAUAAAGUGUCAUUUGACUGUAAGUAACAUUUAAUUAUCUGGGAAUUCAAGUACCUGGGCUAGAUGAUUGAUACAUACGAAGGUGAAUAAAGGUCUCAUUCAGGAAUGGGGGAAGCAAGUGGGAAAGAAUCAUCUGUUUUUGGUUGUUUUCCCAACUCAAAAAUACCACUUUAAAGAGCAUCAGGAUGUGUCUGUAUUAAGUAUUUGGUUGUGGUCUCCACUUGGCUCUUAGUUCCAUGGAAUUUUAAGCAUUGUUCCCCCCUUUAAGUAACCUGUGUCUAAAAAAUUAAAAGGAUCUUCACUUUUAGAAAAA